UUGGGGUUUCGUGAGUGGGAGCUGCAGGCGCAAGCAAAGAAUAAGUUAGUUGAAAAAUGGCAGGAGGAGGAAGUAGCAGCGGGGGAGGGGGUUUGAAAAAUCUGCACAGCAGGGAAUAUCAGGGCCACAAGAAGAAGGUACAUUCGGUGGCAUGGAAUUGCUUAGGGACAAAGCUGGCUUCUGGUUCCGUGGAUCAAACGGCGCGUGUGUGGGAUCUGCAUUCCGGUAGUACUAGUAAAAACAAAGAUUCUGGUGCUGGUGCUGGUGUGGGUGUUACUGAGCUGAAAGGGCACAGUGAUAGUGUGGAUCAGUUGUGUUGGGAUCCUAAACAUGCUGAUCUCCUUGCCACUGCCUCCGGUGACAAGUCUGUCCGUCUUUGGGAUGCUCGCAGUGGCAAAUGUUCUCAGCAAGCAGAACUUAGUGGCGAAAACAUUAAUAUCACCUAUAAACCUGACGCCACUCAUGUCGCUGUUGGCAACAGGGACGAUGAACUCACCAUACUUGAUGUUCGCAAAUUCAAGCCCAUCCAUAAGCGCAAGUUCAACUAUGAGGUAAAUGAGAUUGCGUGGAACAUGACCGGGGAUAUGUUUUUCUUAACUACUGGAAAUGGUACCGUUGAAGUCCUUGCUUACCCAUCUCUUCGGGCAGUUGACACAUUAACAGCUCAUACUGCUGGUUGCUAUUGCAUUGCAAUUGACCCCUUAGGAAGAUAUUUUGCAGUUGGAAGUGCAGAUUCCUUAGUCAGCCUUUGGGAUAUCUCAGAGAUGCUGUGUGUGCGUACAUUCACUAAGCUUGAAUGGCCGGUACGGACGAUAAGCUUCAAUCACACGGGUGAAUUUAUUGCUUCUGCUAGUGAAGAUCUGUUCAUUGACAUAUCAAAUGUGCAAACCGGAAGAUCAGUUCACCAAAUCCCAUGUCGCGCAGCCAUGAACAGUGUCGAGUGGAAUCCAAAGUACAAUUUGCUUGCAUAUGCUGGCGAUGAUAAAAAUAAAUACCAGACUGAUGAAGGUGUUUUUCGGAUAUUUGGCUUUGAGAGUGCAUGAUUUCUGUAUUACUGCUCUAGGUGUACUGUUCUGUUAUGAACUUCGUGGAUAACCUUUGUAAUUUUUUUACCACCAAUUUUGUAAACUAAAUCUUCGAGUAUUCAAGAACUCGAGAGAAUGCACUUUAUUUCUUUUCUUAAUACCUAUUAACAUAUUAUCCA